GGACCUUUUUAGCCGGGCUCGAAUGCUGGAGUGGAUCGCUACCCCGCCAUGCCCCACACCACCUUUCUCCAUCGACCGUCAUCACCACUAGCCCCCGUCCGUGAAAUCCCGCAUCGCAUCACUGCACCGUGACAGACUGACAGCAGACACACAUCCGACCGAGAGUCCAUGGAAAACGGCGAGAGCGUCGACUACUACCAGAAGCCCGCUGCUCACGCUGCCAGCAGGCCAGCCAUGGACGACGACGAGGCCGGCGCCAAGGGCAAGGCCGGCCACCGCGCCGCCGAGGAGCCGGUGCCGGAAACGAGCCAGGAGGAGCUCUUCAGCGACUCCGAGUCGGGCUCCGAGUCCAUCGAGAUCGCCGACCUCAAGAAGCGCAUGUGGAAGGACCAGCUUCUGCUCAUGAAGCUCGAGGGCCGCUCCGGCCGGGGCCCCCACCCCGACGACGGCCACCACCAGCAGCAGCCCGCUCAUCAGGACGACCAGAUGCUGGCGGCGUCGUCCAGCUCCAGCAAGGACAAGGAGGAGUCGCCGGAGAACCGGUACCGGCGCAAGGCGAUGCUCCGGGCGCAGGACGGCGUCAUCCGCCACAUGCUCAAGAUGAUGGAGGCCUGCAACGCGCGCGGGUUCGUGUACGGCGUCGUGGGCGAGGACGGCGUCCCCGUCUCCGGCUCCUCCGACAGCCUCCGCGGCUGGUGGAAGGACGACGUCGGCUUCGACCGCGCCGGCCCGCUGGCGCUCCUCGCCGCCCACCAGCAGGCAGCGGAGCCGGGGAGCCCGAUGGCGGCGGCGGCGUCGUUCCUGCACGGCCUCCACGACAUCCAGGACAGCACGCUGGGGUCGCUGCUCUCCGCGCUCAUCCAGCACUGCGAGCCCCCGCAGCGGAGCUUCCCCCUGGACCGGGGCCUGGCGCCGCCGUGGUGGCCGACGGGGCGGGAGCCCUGGUGGGGCACGCAGGGCGAGGCGCAGGCGCUCCAGGGCGCGCCGCCCUACCGGAAGCCGCACGACCUCAAGAAGGCCUGGAAGAUCUCGCUGCUGAGCGCGGUGAUCAAGCACCUGUCCCCGCGCUUCGACCAGAUGCGCAAGCUCGUGUGGCAGUCCAAGCGGCUGCAGCACAAGAUGAGCGCCCGGGACGCCGAGACCUGGUCCAAGGUCAUCGCGCGGGAGGAGGCGCUCGACCGCCACGCGCAGCGCGCCCUGCAGAUCACGCCGAUCGAGGAGGAGGAGGACGACAGGGGGCCGGACACCGGCGGCGGCCACUCGCCACUUGCGGCGGCGCACGUCGACAAGCGCAAGCGCCAGGUCGGACGCGAGAGCGACGGCACGGCAGGCGGCGGCGGCGACUCGCCACUUGCGGCGGCGCACGUCGACAAGCGCAAGCGCCAGGUCGGACGCGAGAGCGGCGGCACGGCAGGCGGCGGCGGCGUCGACGUCGGCAAGGCGUUGCUGGCGCUGCCGGACAUAGAGUGUGUCCCCGAUGCGGACCGCAGCUCGAUCGACGAGCUCAUGAGGCUCUAUUACCGAUGCCUGCAGGGGCCCGACGACGACGACGGCGAGCACGAGGCGAAGGGCGCGGUGGCGGUCGGCGGAGGCGACCGAGGGCAGCACAGCGGCGGCGCGCCGCCGGUGGCGCACCACGACGACAUGCUCCUCCACGGUCUCCUGCAGCACGGCGGCGGCGCGCCGGCGCACGAAGACGACGUGCUCCUCCGCAGCCUGCUGGGGGUCGCUGACGUCGUGGACAUGAGUGACUUCACGAACAGCCCGAUCUGGCAGUGGGGGGUUUACGACUGACGCUGCUAGAGUGGUGAGUUAGUUAGAAUGAUGAUAAGGCUAGGUGGAGUGCUAUGUUAAUUACCUGCGUCCGUUUUAAUUAUUUCCUCAAGUUCUUUUGAUUUUAUUUUGGUGAGAGAUAAGCAGGCUACUUAAGUUUGUUCAUUUGGAGCUCUAUCUUCAUGACGAUGGAAGAAACUCUGCAGCGUAAGAAUCCUCGCAUACGCCGCUGCAGUCUGCACGCCUGCACGGUGAAGAUUCAGACGCUUGUAAUUGUAACCACAGGUGGACCGGUGGUGUGUACCUGUGUGGGGUGUUGUGCAAUGGUCUUGUGAGGCGGAGUGAGUUGAGCAAGAGUAAAGCAAAGUGAUGCUGCAUG